CUGGAGGCAAGAUGGCGGUGGUGGUGCGGAGCUUGCAAGACCAGCUCGAAAAAGCCAAGGAAAGCUUGAAAAAUGUGGACGAUAAUAUUCGCAAAUUAACGGGGCGCGAUCCCAAUGAAUCAAGACCGGGUCAGAUCCGUCGGCUCGGCGGGCCCAUGGCAGGCCCCGGUGGAGGUAGAGGCAGAGGAAUGAACCUGCUCAGGCGUAGUCUCUCAGAUAUUGGAAGCGGCGGCCCCCCUGCCAAGCAGAGGGACAUCGAAGGAGCCCUGCUGAGGCUGGCAGGGGACCAGAGGGCCAGGAGAGACAUACGUCCCGACAGCGACGCCGAGGAUGAUGACGAUGUCAAAAAGCCGGCGUUGCAGUCGUCUGUAGUAGCUACCUCCAAGGAGAGAACACGCCGAGACCUCAUUCAAGAUCAAACCAUGGAUGAGAAGGGCAAACAGAGGAAUCGGCGCAUGUUCGGCCUGCUGAUGGGAACCCUGCAAAAAUUCAAACAGGAGUCAAAUGUCUCUACAGAGAAGCAAAAGCGGCGUACAGAGAUCGAGCAGAAGCUUGAGGUUCAGGCCGAGGCUGAGAGAAAGAAGGUGGAGACUGAAAAGAGGGAGCUGUUUGAAGAGAGGAGAGCCAAACAGACUGAGCUGAGACUACUGGAACAGAAAGUGGAAUUAGCUCAGCUGCAAGAGGAGUGGACCAGCCACAAUAAUCGUCUGGUGAAAUAUAUUCGUACGAAGACCAAGCCUCAUAUCUUCUACCUGCCUGGAAAAAUGUGCUCCGCCACACAGAAACUCCUCGACGACUCCACCAAGAAACUAAAUGCUGUGUUUGAGGAGAGGUGUGAGGCUUUUGCCGAACACCUCAGCAAGAUGGAGUCCCGCCCUCGGCGACAGCCAAACCGCGACCAGGACGGCAACACGGCAGCAACAGGGAUGGACCAUCCGGCGGAGGGUAAGCCUACAGGUCAGGUAGUCAAGGUGACAGGUAACAAGAGGGGUGCAGAAAUGGAGGAGGAGGAGGAGGAAGAGGAAGAUGAGGAGGAGGAGGAGGAGAGGGAAAAGGAUAGAAAGGUGACAGAGAAAGACGAGGGGGAGGAGAGGGAGGAAAGGGAGGAAGGGGAGAAGGAAGAGUUGAAGAAGGUGGAGGAAGAGGAGGAGGGGAUGGAGCUUAGUGAGGAGGGCAGUGAGGAAAAGAAGGUAGGAGAGGAGGGGGUCAAGGACAGGGAGGAUAGGGUGGAGAACGAGAGGAAGGAGGCCAGUCCAGGGUCAGAGGAGGUGGAGGGCGGACCAGAGCAGAAGGAGAGGAGUAAGGGAGAGGGGGAAGAAACAGACAGUCAACAGGGGCUCACAGACCCCCCAAAUGAGAAGACCCUGGAUGCCCAAUCCUCUGAGCCAACUGUAACCAGCCCAGAAGCACCAAAUACCAGUCAGCAGCCCCUGCCCAGCCAAACUGCAGAGGAACCAGCAGUUAAGUCCUCUGGGGUUCUGGGGUUGGAGAGGUUCCCUGGCUCUCAAACAGCCCCCACAGUCGCCGGGCAGGAUUUCGUUAUCCCUGGCCUCGGGUUCCAGAACUCAGCAGUCGAGAGCCAGGCUGCAGAGGUGAAGCUGCAGCACGAAGAACCCCCAAAACUGCCCGAUUCCCAGGAGGCCCCCAGCAUCACCCCUGCACCCUCUAAGGAGGAAGAGGAUGGUGGCAGAGGGAGGAAGAAGGACAAGGAGCCAAGGAAGGCCCGCAGCCAUAGCAACAGCUCCUCCUCUUCCUCCUCCGGCUCCUCCUCCAGCGGAAGCUCCUCCUCUUCCUCUGGAUCCAGCCGCUCCUCUUCGUCGUCGUCAUCCUCGUCGUCCUCGUCGUCCAACAGCAGCAGUCGAAGUCGCAGCCGAGACAGCGGUAAGCGCAAGAGGAGGCCGUCAGAUCGGGGCAGGAAGAAAGAAGAGCGGAGCCACCGCAAGUCAGGAGGGGGAAGCGGAGGAGGGAGGGACUCGAAGGGAUCGAAGGAGAGGAGGAAGAGGAGGAGCGAGGAAGGGAUGGGCAGAUCGUCCCGGAGCGAUAGGGAGCAUAAAGAUAGAGACAGGAAGGACAAGAGACGCUAAUCUGUUUCUUAUUCAGCCUCCGUACCGUUAAGAUGAGGGAAAGUAAACUAUUUACUAAACGACACGAGAUGAUGAGAGAUUUUAAACUCGCUUUUUCUCUUGAAACGCCACAAAAAGGCCUGUUGAAGUUUUAACAUAGGAGGAUUGUUUUCCUCCAUGUAGGGAUUUUUAAGUCGAUGUCAAAACUGAAAUGAAACAAUGGAUGAAUGGCUCUAAUUUGCCUCCAUCGUUUCCCUUUACUUGGCGAAAGUAUUGUAAACUGGACUAUUUUUCGCAGUAUCUGGCAGGGCGACUCCUUUACCAAAACAGGUUUAAGACAGUGAAGACUAUUAAAGACCUCAUUUUAAAAUCCAAAUAAUUUCUCUUCAGCCUGACAUUUGGGUUUUAAUAAGGUCUUUGUGGCACUAUUAAAAGAUCACGUUGACUUUUUGCGUACAGUUUUUCAUCCUAACCGUAAUGCUAUAGGCAGGAGUAUUGAUGGUUAUGGUGGCAGUAACCAUUAACGUGCAGAAGUUGUGUUCAAGUUGAUGUGACAGUGCUGUUGAUCCUCAUUUAUUUCUACCAUUUGAUCAAUGUCAAGGCCCUUGUAUCUUCAUCACACGGAUACUUGUGUGAUUUGCUCAAAUUCUGUUUUUUGAAAAUGUUUUUCCAAUUUUGUUUUGUACCAACUGAUAAACUGCUUCAAAUUAAAGGUGAGGUAUUAGUGUAAAUGUU